CGUAUACCUACCUACCUUACAUAAGGUAAGGUAAUCACCUUCCGAACGGUUGAUAAGAUAAGAAUCUUGACACCCAGCAAUGAGAAUGAGCACGGACCAUGUCUCAUCCACCCCCGCGAGCAUCUUGGCCAAUAAAGUCAAACGUCUGACCCAUCGUCCACGAAGAGAUCACAAAAGCUUCGUCGAGUUGCGCGUUCCAUGCCGGAUGCCUGGCAGACCUCCCUCGGGUCCUUUCACAGACAUGAAUCGUUCCCGCUUAGCUCCCUUGGUCUGGUGACACUGGGAGACCACCGAAGAAGUCGCACACCGGGCUUCUCUCUCCGGACAAGAUGCACGAGUUCAUGGACUACGUCCGGAGCGCGUUCUAUGAUGCCACAGAUUGGAACCGCGAGAGCUCUUACUCGUCCCUGAACUCAACUGCGAAUGCGCUCCUCAAUUUCCCGACCCCCAUCGGCGUCCGCCUGACCCUCUCUUCCCUAGCGUCGCCCAACUUUGCGACGUCGUACCAGCUCGGUUCAAUCGGCGUCGUCGAUGGUUCCAUAUCCUACCUAUACUCUUCAGUCCCCCUCGACGUCCACCUCACGCCGCAAUCCGACCGCACCCCGCUAGCAACCCUCUUCCAGUCCUACCGACCCCUCCCCGCUCUCCCUCGUCGCGGCGAAGACCAGCUCACGCCCUACCCGCUGCAUAGUCCCGCCGCCGCCUCACUUCUCUACGGCCGUCUCUACCUGCCGCAAUCCCUCCUCGAAGCCCUCGUGAUACGGCGCGUCACCCCCGCUCUCCAGCUCCAGCUCAGCGCCGUCUCGGGCCACUUCCUCCGGGACGGCGGCACCCUCCUGGGAUUAGCCCAGUACGAUGUGGGGCGGUACUCGCUCGAAGGGCUCGCUUCUUCCGACGGCGGCCUGCUCGGUCUGCGCGGGCUCUAUAAUUUCGGGAACGAAGUCGACGACGCCGGCGUGGUCCCGUCGUCGCCGCCUGCCCCUCCUUUACCGGUCGUGACGGGCAACGGCGGCGCCGACGAAGCCAGGGAGCGCAUAUACGGCCGCUUCAGUGCUGGCGGGGAGAUCUACUACGGAACGCUGAACAAGUCCGGCGGCGUGAGCUUGGGCGCGCGCUUCGCCACGCUGCCCGCCCACCGCGGCACGCCGCUCACGGCCACCUUGACGCUGAACCCGCUCAUGGGCAACGUCUGCGCCACGUACGCACUCAUGGCAGGCCGAAACUGCAGCCUGGCGACCAAGUUUGACUUCAACGUGUUCAGCUACGAGAGUGAUUGGGCUGUGGGCAUGGAGCUGUGGAGGAAGCGCCCACCGAUACCCACUGCACCAGUCGCCUCGGUGGAGAAGCUCGUCAGGGAAAGGAGUUUCCAGGCGAAGCUGGAGUGGAGGUUGGAUGAUCCGGAGGAGGUGGAGAAGGCAGUAACGUCGCAGAAAUCCGAAGGCGCGGGGACGUCGGACGACGAGUAUACCGGCGUGCUCAAGGCGCGGUUGGACCAAAAUCUGAGGAUCGGGCUGAUGUGGGAAGGAAGAGCCAAAUCGCUGCUAUUCAGCUUGGGCAGCGGUAUUGACCUUAGGCAUUCGGAGUCCCCAUUCCGAACGCUCGGUUUAGAAGUUCAGUUCUCCUCAUGAUGCAAAGAAGAGCGGUGGUAUUAGGACUGUAUAUAUAUAUAUAUAUAUAUAUGGCAUUGUCAUGAUAUCUGCAUCGGGGAGCGAGAAGCGGCAGAGCAUGAUACAACAUCAAAACUAGAAGGUGCGAGAGAUAAGGAACUUCAGUAAAUAACAUCUGUCAGUUCGGAUAUUCCAUAUCAAUACCAGCUCAUCAUGCUGGUCGGGAGAACCUCUUGACGCGUAAAGCGAGCUACAUAGAUAUAUAGUG